AUGGCUCGUGGACGUAAACUAGACUUCAUUGCUGCAAUACCACAGCCUCCAUUACAGUUUGUUAUGGGAGAUAACAUUGCCACUUCCAGUGAAAACAUCCUGCGGGAGGCAAAUCUGUGGCAAAUACAGAUCCAAUUGGCUGGCCGCAAUCAGCGCCAUCGGUGUCCACAUCUUCCCACUGUAAUCUAUGAAAAGAUUAAUAAACCAUGCUUGAUUACUGAGUAUGUGGAGAAAUAUGCUUCAUAUGGAUAUAUUCAGCCCAGAGAAUCCUACAAACCACGAGAGGAAUAUCAGCGGCAUGAAGGCAAGAUGCAAAGCAUGACUACAUUCAGGGCAGACUAUACUCCACAUGAUAAUCAGCCUAGACCAUGCAGGCUGAGCGAAGAAUUCAAACAUUCCCAUGGAGUUAUGAAUCUGAACACCACGUACAAACGAGAUUUUAACAUACACCCAAUCCAACCAGUAGCUCCAGCACGACCGGUAGAACAAAUAAACAACUCUACAGCAAAGAUGGAAACAAUCCCUACGUACAAAGAUCAUUUCAAACAGUGGGAACUUCCUAAAAGAGAAACAUCUAAACCAGAAUAUACAUUCAAAGUACCGUCAGUCAAGUUUGCAAAUAAAACCACAUCUCACGAUGACUAUUCUUUUAAAGUGCCCAUUCCCAAAGAGAGUGUUAAGCCUCCAAAUUCUGUCAGGGUGUCAAAUGUGCCCUUUGAUGACAUGACCAACUAUCGGCAGCAUUUUGUACCGUAUACGUAUGAGCCCCGGAAAAGGCAUGAACAUGAGCAAUACAAACGAAAUGAUGAACCCUUUGAUGAUCUUACUACUCACAGGAGAGAUUUCAAGGGGCAAACAGGAGAGCUUACGGUACCUAUUCGACCUUCAUGCAUCAAACCUGACUCUGAUCCGCAGUUUUAUGAUUUGACUGAAUUUCGUGACAAGUACCGAACUUGGGCAGUAGAUCGACCAGCCAUGCACAAGGCUGUGGAAUUUGUGCCUCCUGGAGGCACGAUUAAUCUGAGCACCACUACUCACACAGACUACAUUGGACACAAAGUCCAACCGCUUGUUCCAGCCCGGCCUCUGCCCCAGAGGAGUAGGUUAAACGUUUCGUUUGAAGGGCAGUCCACCAUGAAGGCAGACUACAAACCUUGGGAUUCUGUACGGGAGCCUAUGAUCAAGCCACGUCAAGAACUACAGAAAGCUACUGGCCAACUCGAUGAUAUGACAACAUUCAGGGCUCAUUAUGUACCUCACCCAAUUAACCUGGUACAUUCCUUCAAACCCCGAAACUCCUACAAUCCCAACUUAGUGCCACUGGAUAAUGGAACCACCUAUCAAUUUAGUUUCACACCAAAACCUGUUCAGCUCUGUCCUGCGUCAUUCGCAGUACCCCCUGGUUAUGAGUACGUGGAAACUGACCCUCAAGGUCAUAAACUGUAUUGCCCAGUGUCUGAAAAGGAGAAUAUCCAGCCCAAAUCACUAAACACCUCCACAGAAUUGGUUCCAAAUAUUCAUGGACAUGAAAAACCUGCAAACGAUUUGAAAACAGGUUUCCCAACGAAUGGAAUAGUUGCAGCCUGA